GCUACUUCCUGUUUUCUGGAUUUGAACUUUGUACUCGUUUUUUGAUCUUUGCAUUUCUUCUCCAACUCUGUGGACUACUUAAUCGAGCACCCUUUGCAUUUUCGUCCCAUUGCUCCAUUAUUUCACAUUAUUAUUUGACUUAUUGUAUUCUACGAGUGCCUUUCACUGUUUGGUGAAAUGUUUGACGUUGGAUAUGUAUAUUGUGCGAAAGGGGGGACAGGCUUAUUUUGGAUCACUUGUCUACUUUGACAGGCUUAAUUGGCUUGAAUUGACUACUUUUUCCUACGCCCACAUUCCCAAUACAAGUGAAGAGGAGCCCCUUACAUCGGUGGGGCCUACGGUGUGUGCAUUGUUUUGGUUAGCUUACACGACUCUCAUAGGGGAACUAUGAGAUAAUCUGUUUCAGGUACGACCUAUUGACCUGUGACUGCCUGAUCAGUUAUUGCAUCUGGUUCUCAGGGGGGGCUUCCUGACCUUGACUUAGUUCGGGGCUGGCUUGCCUAUACCUUGGCUCCUGGUGUACCCUGCUGUAUCAUAGGCUCCGGUUGGGUUGCUAUUGCCUGAUGCCAUGUUUGACGUGCCACACUAUGCUAGAGGCUCGUUUGGGUUUUUUGCCCUCAGCAGCACCCCGGGGGCGGGUCUACCCCGCGGGUAUCCGCCCCUAUUUCACACAUUCCUAAAUGCCAUUGGUUUGCGCCCAGUCAGCCAAGCUUGGAUCUGAUUGGUUGUGAGAGUGUACCUGAUUGGUUGUGAGAGUUUACUUUUAAGUAAAAACACAAGGAAAGCAGACAAAAACGAGGCUGGGUGGAAACAAGAUGCGUCGUAGAAAGAAUGUAAAGAGACGUAGAGUAGAGGUCCCAACCACUACAAACGUGGAGAAAGGUUCUGAGCGAGCACAAGAACCACAAGCUCAGGUCCAAUCCAGUCCAAAUCUCGGGAAAGGUAUCGAACAAGAGCCUGUACAAGAACCACAAGCUCAGGUCCAAUCCAGUCCAAAUCUCGGGAAAGGUAUCGAACAAGAGCCUGUGCAAGAACCACAAGCUCAGGUCCAAUCCAGUCCAAAUCUCGGGAAAGGUAUCGAACAAGAGCCUGUACAAGAACCACAAGCUCAGGUCCAAUCCAGUCCAAAUCUCAGGAAAGGUAUCGAACAAGAGCCUGUGCAAGAACCACAAGCUCAGUCCUGUAUAGGUGGAGACAGGCCAGUUAAUUUCUUACCCACUGAAAAAGUCUUCAUGGUGGAAUCCCUCCUGAAAUCAAGCAAUUUCAGAGAAAAAAGAAGGUAUCGCGUCAGCCUGGAUGAAAUUCAGCGUCGCAUUGGUCCCCCAGAGUUUCUGUCUUUAAAUGGGCUUGUGUCAUAUCUGCGGACAGCAAAAUCCAAUAAAGACUCCCUGAAAGGGGAACUGGAAGCUGCUGGUAUAAUCCCUCCCCCAGUGACCCGUCUCACAUCCAUGUGUUCAAAAUUAACAGAAGAUGAAGCUGAUGACCUAGCUGUGGACCUGGGAAAGCUUGCCAGUAGGCAUAUAGAUUUCCAGUCAGCUGCUGAAACGCAGCAAUCUUCACAGGACAAGGCAACAGAUCUCCUGAAAGCAAAGUCUGUUCAGGAGUUCUUAGGACAAACCAAAAAUGUCUUGGCUCCGUUCAUGAGUCGGUACAACACAGUGACUCAUGGACUGGGGCCAAAGACAUUUGAGGUCUCUGUUCAAAUUCUGGAGGCGUACCUACGUCAAGUCAUACGGCAGCUUACAGAAGAAAGUUAAAGCAAUUGUGCUGUGCAUGCAGCAGUGUUUUGUUUGUUUAGUUGCAGUUAAAAAAAGUGCUAGUCUUUAACAAAAGCUUUUCCACUUGAUAGUUCUUUAUUGUAUUUUGUGUACUUUUUUUCAAAUGUUAACUUUUGUACUACUUUACAAACACAUAAAAAAAAUAAUAAAACAAAACUUUGUCAGUGCUAAUGCUUAACUUUGGAAAUUAAAACCUUUACAAGAGCA